GUCAGGACUACAGAAGGCUGUUACUGGAUGAGAAGAUGAGCGGUACUUCGCCCUCUAGUGUCAGUCUGUAGGAGGGUCACAUGACUUGAUAUCCGGAGAGGAGGGACUCGGUCUCCAGUGUCAUGGCGCUGCGCUGCUCUCCAGCUGCUCUCCCAGACUCUGUGGCUUCUGAUAUACAGAACUUGAAGCAGCUCUCCGGGGAGCAGGUGUCUCGUCUCUCCUCACUGAUAUUUUCCUUUUUAAAAGAACAGAAGGAGGUGGAUCUCUUCACUUCUCAACUGGAAGAUUUUGCUAAAGACAAUGGGAUCAGCCUGGGCCCCUUAAAAAGUAUUGUAAGGAGCAUCCUGCUUGUUCUGAAUGCUGCAUUAAAGAGGAAUCUGAAGUCAGAGGACUUGCAGUCUGACCUAGUAGUAUUGGGGCUGGAUGAGGAGAAGGCCAGGCUUUUUGCAGACAAGUGGCGCAGUGAUGCAGCAGUUCUCACGCGGUUAGCGGUCGGGCGAACACUUAGUAUUAACCAGCUGAUGGACAUGGAGUGGAAGUUCGGAGUGACUGCAGCAAGCAGCGAGUUGGAGAAAGCUGGAACCAUAUUCCUGCAGCUAAAGAUGGUUAUUAAAAAAGGCAACCAGUUGGAACCAGUCUAUGUGGAGCUGACGCUGCCACAGUUUUACAGUUUCCUACAUGAGAUGGAACGUGCAAAAAGCAGCUUGGAAUGUUUCACGUGACACAGCGUGCGUUACGGGUUCUUGAUGAAGGUGCCGUUUGGCUCCCCUUGUGGCUGCACUAAGUUCCAGCUCCAGUUAGGGGGUAGUCCCCUGGUAAAGGGAUAUAGCAGAUGAUGUAUAUAGACUAUUCAUACACUGCGCUGAUGCACCCACAAUAAAACAUUACUCUUUAUUUUGUGUGGUAAA